AUGUCUAUCUAUCAACGUGAAUCUAUUCAUGCUUAUCUAUCUAUGUAUCUAUCUAUAUAUAUAUAUAUAUAUAUAUAUAUAUAUAUAUAUAUAUAUAUAUAUAUAUCUGUUAUCUAUUCUAUCUAUCUAUCUAUCUAUCUGUUACUAUCUAUCUAUCUUAUCAAUCUUUCAUUCUGUUCCUAUCUUAUCUAUCUUUCAUUCUGUUCCUAUCUAUCUAUCUAUCUAUCUAUCUGUUACUAUCUAUCUAUCUUAUCAAUCUUUCAUUCUGUUCCUAUCUUAUCUAUCUUUCAUUCUGUUCCCAUUCUAUCUAUCUAUCUAUCUAUCUAUCUAUCUAUCUGUUACUAUCUAUCUAUCUUAUCAAUCUUUCAUUCUGUUCCUAUCUUAUCUAUCUUUCAUUCUGUUCCUAUCUAUCUAUCUAUCUAUCUAUCUAUCUAUCUAUCUAUCUAUCUAUCUAUCUAUCUGUUACUAUCUAUCUAUCUUAUCAAUCUUUCAUUCUGUUCCUAUCUUAUCUAUCUUUCAUUCUGUUCCUAUCUAUCUAUCUAUCUAUCUAUCUAUCUAUCUAUCUAUCUAUCUGUUACUAUCUAUCUAUCUUAUCAAUCUUUCAUUCUGUUCCUAUCUUAUCUAUCUUUCAUUCUGUUCCUAUCUAUCUAUCUAUCUAUCUAUCUAUCUAUCUAUCUGUUACUAUCUAUCUAUCUUAUCAAUCUUUCAUUCUGUUCCUAUCUUAUCUAUCUUUCAUUCUGUUCCUAUCUAUCUAUCUAUCUAUCUAUCUAUCUAUCUGUUACUAUCUAUCUAUCUUAUCAAUCUUUCAUUCUGUUCCUAUCUUAUCUAUCUUUCAUUCUGUUCCUAUCUAUCUAUCUAUCUAUCUAUCUAUCUGUUACUAUCUAUCUAUCUUAUCAAUCUUUCAUUCUGUUCCUAUCUUAUCUAUCUUUCAUUCUGUUCCUAUCUAUCUAUCUAUCUAUCUAUCUAUCUAUCUAUCUGUUACUAUCUAUCUAUCUUAUCAAUCUUUCAUUCUGUUCCUAUCUUAUCUAUCUUUCAUUCUGUUCCUAUCUAUCUAUCUAUCUAUCUAUCUAUCUGUUACUAUCUAUCUAUCUUAUCAAUCUUUCAUUCUGUUCCUAUCUUAUCUAUCUUUCAUUCUGUUCCUAUCUAUCUAUCUAUCUAUCUAUCUAUCUGUUACUAUCUAUCUAUCUUAUCAAUCUUUCAUUCUGUUCCUAUCUUAUCUAUCUUUCAUUCUGUUCCUAUCUAUCUAUCUAUCUAUCUAUCUAUCUAUCUAUCUAUCUAUCUAUCUGUUACUAUCUAUCUAUCUUAUCAAUCUUUCAUUCUGUUCCUAUCUUAUCUAUCUUUCAUUCUGUUCCUUCUAUCUAUCUAUCUAUCUAUCUAUCUAUCUAUCUAUCUAUCUAUCUGUUACUCUCUAUCUAUCUUAUCAAUCUUUCAUUCUGUUCCUAUCUUAUCUAUCUUUCAUUCUGUUCCCUAUCUAUCUAUCUAUCUAUCUAUCUAUCUAUCUAUCUAUCUAUCAAUCUUAUCAAUCUUUCAUUCUGUUCCUAUCUUAUCUAUCUUUCAUUCUGUUCCUAUCUAUCUAUCUAUCUAUCUAUCUAUCUAUCUGUUACUAUCUAUCUAUCUUAUCAAUCUUUCAUUCUGUUCCUAUCUUAUCUAUCUUUCAUUCUGUUCCUAUCUAUCUAUCUAUCUAUCUAUCUGUUACUAUCUAUCUAUCUUAUCAAUCUUUCAUUCUGUUCCUAUCUUAUCUAUCUUUCAUUCUGUUCCUAUCUAUCUAUCUAUCUAUCUAUCUAUCUAUCUAUCUAUCUGUUACUAUCUAUCUAUGAUAUCAAUCUUUCAUUCUGUUCCUAUCUUAUCUAUCUUUCAUUCUGUUCCUAUCUAUCUAUCUAUCUAUCUAUCUAUCUAUCUAUCUAUCUAUCUAUCUAUCUGUUACUAUCUAUCUAUCUUAUCAAUCUUUCAUUCUGUUCCUAUCUUAUCUAUCUUUCAUUCUGUUCCUAUCUAUCUAUCUAUCUAUCUAUCUAUCUAUCUAUCUGUUACUAUCUAUCUAUCUUAUCAAUCUUUCAUUCUGUUCCUAUCUUAUCUAUCUUUCAUUCUGUUCCUAUCUAUCUAUCUAUCUAUCUAUCUGUUACUAUCUAUCUAUCUUAUCAAUCUUUCAUUCUGUUCCUAUCUUAUCUAUCUUUCAUUCUGUUCCUAUCUAUCUAUCUAUCUGUUACUAUCUAUCUAUCUUAUCAAUCUUUCAUUCUGUUCCUAUCUUAUCUAUCUUUCAUUCUGUUCCUAUCUAUCUAUCUAUCUAUCUAUCUAUCUGUUAUUAUCUAUCUAUCUUAUCAAUCUUUCAUUCUGUUCCUAUCUUAUCUAUCUUUCAUUCUGUUCCUAUCUAUCUAUCUAUCUAUCUAUCUAUCUAUCUAUCUAUCUAUCUAUCUAUCUAUCUAUCUGUUACUAUCUAUCUAUCUUAUCAAUCUUUCAUUCUGUUCCUAUCUUAUCUAUCUUUCAUUCUGUUCCUAUCUAUCUAUCCAUCUAUCUAUCUAUCUAUCUGUUACUAUCUAUCUAUCUUAUCAAUCUUUCAUUCUGUUCCUAUCUUAUCUAUAUUUCAUUCUGUUCCUAUCUAUCUAUCUAUCUAUCUAUCUAUCUGUUACUAUCUAUCUAUCUUAUCAAUCUUUCAUUCUGUUCCUAUCUUAUCUAUCUUUCAUUCUGUUCCUAUCUAUCUAUCUAUCUAUCUAUCUAUCUAUCUAUCUAUCUGUUACUAUCUAUCUAUCUUAUCAAUCUUUCAUUCUGUUCCUAUCUUAUCUAUCUUUCAUUCUGUUCCUAUCUAUCUAUCUAUCUAUCUAUCAUCUAUCUAUCUAUCUAUCUAUCUAUCUGUUACUAUCUAUCUAUCUUAUCAAUCUUUCAUUCUGUUCCCAUCUUAUCUAUCUUUCAUUCUGUUCCUAUCUAUCUAUCUAUCUAUCUAUCUAUCUAUCUAUCUGUUACCUAUCUCUAUCUUAUCAAUCUUUCAUUCUGUUCCUAUCUUAUCUAUCUUUCAUUCUGUUCCUAUCUAUCUAUCUAUCUAUCUAUCUAUCUAUCUAUCUAUCUAUCUAUCUGUUACUAUCUAUCUAUCUUAUCAAUCUUUCAUUCUGUUCCUAUCUUAUCUAUCUUUCAUUCUGUUCCCAUCUAUCUAUCUAUCUAUCUAUCUAUCUAUCUGUUACUAUCUAUCUAUCUUAUCAAUCUUUCAUUCUGUUCCUAUCUUAUCUAUCUUUCAUUCUGUUCCUAUCUAUCUAUCUAUCUAUCUAUCUAUCUAUCUAUCUAUCUAUCUAUCUGUUACUAUCUAUCUAUCUUAUCAAUCUUUCAUUCUGUUCCUAUCUUAUCUAUCUUUCAUUCUGUUCCUAUCUAUCUAUCUAUCUAUCUAUCUAUCUAUCUAUCUAUCUGUUACUAUCUAUCUAUCUUAUCAAUCUUUCAUUCUGUUCCUAUCUUAUCUAUCUUUCAUUCUGUUCCUAUCUAUCUAUCUAUCUAUCUAUCUAUCUAUCUAUCUAUCUAUCUAUCUGUUACUAUCUAUCUAUCUUAUCAAUCUUUCAUUCUGUUCCUAUCUAUCUAUCUUCUAUCUAUCUAUCUAUCUAUCUAUCUAUCUAUCUGUUACUAUCUAUCUAUCUUAUCAAUCUUUCAUUCUGUUCCUAUCUUAUCUAUCUUUCAUUCUGUUCCUAUCUAUCUAUCUAUCUAUCUAUCUAUCUAUCUAUCUAUCUGUUACUAUCUAUCUAUCUUAUCAAUCUUUCAUUCUGUUCCUAUCUUAUCUAUCUUUCAUUCUGUUCCUAUCUAUCUAUCUAUCUAUCUAUCUAUCUAUCUGUUACUAUCUAUCUAUCUUAUCAAUCUUUCAUUCUGUUCCUAUCUUAUCUAUCUUUCAUUCUGUUCCUAUCUAUCUAUCUAUCUAUCUAUCUAUCUAUCUAUCUAUCUAUCUAUCUGUUACUAUCUAUCUAUCUUAUCAAUCUUUCAUUCUGUUCCUAUCUUAUCUAUCUUUCAUUCUGUUCCUAUCUAUCUAUCUAUCUAUCUAUCUAUAUUUCUUUUUCCAUUUUUCUAACGAUUUUUUUCGUUUUCUUUUUUUCUCGUUUGUUUUUAUUCGUCUUUCGUCACUUUUCUUCGUUUUCCUUCUUAUCGUUCCUUUUUUUCAUUCGUACUUUUUGUCAUUUUCCUUUCGUUGUUAUUCGUCUCUCUUUCGAUUUUCUUUCCUACGUCAUUGCAUUUUUCAUUUUUUUUAUUUCUUAUUCCGCAUUGCUUCCUUUUUUUUUCUUUCAGCGUUUUCGUUCUUUUUUUCUGCUCUCCAUCAUCUUUCAAUUUUCUUCGUUUUUUUUUUUUUUUUGUCUUCUGUUGCUCUCUUUUCAUUUCUACUCUUUUUCUUCAUUUCAUUCUCUUCUUUCUCUUCUCUUUGUCCUCUAUCGCUCUCUCUUCACUUCUACCUUUUCUCGUCCAAUCUUUCUCUUUUGUUCUCUUCUAUUCAUUUUCUUCCUUUCAUAUGAUUUAUUUUCUUUUUUUCUCUUCCUUUCCUUUGUUUUUGUUUUUUCAUUUUAUACUCCUUCUUUCUUAGAUUUUUUUUCUCUUUAUUUCCUACCUUUCCUCCACUUUAAUUCUUUCCCAAUCUCACCAAAUGUUUCCUUCCUACCUCCUGCUGCUGAAUUCUAUUGCAAAAAGCUGCACCUUUCCGCCUCAGCCGAUAACACUCCUAAAACCAUAACUCUAUUUAUCUAUCUGUAUAUUUUAUUCUCUAUCUCAUUGUCCGUGUGUGCGUGCCUGCCUGCCUCGUUCGGUCCGUGCGUGCGUGCCUGCCUGGCUGUCUCGUUCGGCCCGUGCGUGCGUGCCUGCCUGGCUGUCUCGUUCGGCCCGUGCGUGCGUGCCUGCCUGGCUGUCUCGUUCGGCCCGUGCGUGCGUGCGUGCGUGCCUGCCUGGCUGUCUCGUUCGGCCCGUGCGUGCGUGCGUGCCUGCCUGGCUGUCUCGUUCGGCCCGUGCGUGCGUGCGUGCCCUGGCUGGCUGUCUCGUUCGGCCCGUGCGUGCCUGGCUGGCUGUCUCGUUCGGCCCGUGCGCCUGGCUGGCUGUCCUGUUCGGCCCGUGCGUGCCUGGCUGGCUGUCUCGUUCGGCCCGUGCGUGCCUGGCUGGCUGUCUCGUUCGGCCCGUGCGUGCCUGGCUGGCUGUCUCGUUCGGCCCGUGCGUGCCUGGCUGGCUGUCUCGUUCGGCCCGUGCCUGCCUGCCUGCCUGGCUGUCUCGUUCGACCCGUGCCUGCCUGCCUGCCUGCCUGGCUGUCUCCUUCGGCCCGUACGUGCCUGCCUAUUUAUCCGAGUCUGUUUAUGUCCGUCUGUCUGUCUCUCUAUCUAA